AUGGAUACUUUUGAUGCAUCAGUAGUAAUACUUAAUCCAUCAUAAUGCAGUUCUACUUAGUAUUAUGAUGAUGAAUAUUUAAAAUGUGAAGAAUGUCCUUAAGAAUGUGAAACUUGUCUUAAUGAAUUUGAAUGUCUAACUUGUAAAUAUCCUUAUUAAAUUUUCAUUACAAAGUGUCUAUUAUAAUGUUAAAUAAAUGAGUAUUUUGAUGAAUAGAAUUAGAUCUGUGAUUGUAAUAAGUUUAUAUUAUAUAUUAGAAUGCAAUCCUAAAUGCAAACAAUGCAAAUUGAAAAAUGAAUGCAUUCAUUGUGAGUAAUCUAAAUUUAGAUAUCUAUUUUAUGAUUAAUGCUUAUGUUAUGAUGGUUAUUAUGAUGAUAAUAUUAAUAUUGAAUGUUAAGUAUGUAAUGUUUUAUGUACUAAAUGUUUUGGACCAUCAAAUAUGGAUUGUCAUGAAUGCAUCAUUUUAGAUAAAGUUGAAAAAAUAGGUAAUACUUGUAAUUGUGUAAAUGGAUAUUAUUUUGAUAAAUCUAAUUAAACAUGUAUGCAAUGCCACCAAAAAUGUUCAAAUUGUUUUUUAUCCUCUGAAGACUCUUGUUUAACUUGCAAUAAUUUUGAAAAUAGAAUAUUAAAUGGACUUAAUUGUUCUUGUUAAACUGGAUAUUUUGAAUUAAAUGAUAUUUGUGUCUCAUGUCCAAACAUUGAAGAUUCAAAUCUGUAUAAAUGUUAUAAAUAAUGUGGUGAUAAUUCUAUAAUUUGGUUUAAUUAAGUUUGCUAACCCUUUUCAUGUUUAACUGGAUUUACAAAUUAAAACAAUUAAUGUAUUCCUAUAUGUGGAGAUCUAAUUAAGAAUGGGGAUGAAGAAUGUGAUGAUGGUAAUAAUAUUUUAGAUGAUGGAUGUUAUAAUUGUAGAUAUUAAUGUCCAAAAUAAUGUUUGACUUGUAAUGAAUUUACAAUUUUACCUUGUUUAAAUGUAUGUGGUGAUGGAAUCAUAAGUGGAACAGAAGAAUGUGAUGAUGGUAAUUUGAUAUAAUUUGAUGGGUGUUAUGAAUGUAAACUUGAAUGUUAAACCUAAUGUACAUAAUGCAUGAGAGGGUUAUGCUAUUAAUGUCAGACUUAUGGUUGGAUUGUUGACAUUGAUACAAAAACUUGUGUAGAAAAUUGUGGUGAUUCUAUUGUUGUUGGAUAAGAAUAAUGUGAUGAUGGAUAAGAUAUUGAUUAAAAUGAUGGAUGUUAUUAGUGUAAGAAUGUAUGUAGAAAUGAUUGUUUAAAAUGCAGUUCUGAUGGUUCAAAAUGUCUAGAAUGUAAAGUAGUGGGAUUUCAACCUGUUAGUUUUUUUUGUAGAAAUAUAUGUAGGGAUGGUUAUUUAGCAAUUGAUCCUUUUAAUAGAAAUUCAGAAGAAUGUGAUGAUUUUAAUUCAAUCAAUUAUGAUGGUUGUAGCAAUGCGUGUAAAUUCUAAUGUUAAACUACUAUCUGCAAGACUUGUGUAAAUAAUAAAUGUCUUGAAUGCAUUGAUAAUUAUUAGUUAGAUCAAAAAAAUAAUAAAUGCAUAGAAAUAUGCAAUGAUAACAUAAUUAUUGGAUAAGAAAAAUGUGAAGAUAUGAAUAGUUUACUUUAUGAUGGAUGUUACAAUUGUUAAUUAUCUUGUCAAGCUAGCUGUUCGAAUUGCACUAUAAAUGGUUGUUUAUCUUGUGUUUAAGGAUAUCAAUUAAUCGGUAUACGAUGUGAAAGUAUUUGUGGAGAUGGAUUAACUGUCCCAGAAGAAGAUUGCGAUGAUGGUAAUUUAGAACCCUUUGAUGGUUGCCAUGCAUGUAAAUAUUCAUGUAAUUCAACUUGUCAGACAUGUUACUUAGGUAUAUGUAUACGGUGUUAACUUGGUUUUAUGAUAUAUUAUGGAUUGUGCUAGAAUGAUCUAUCAUUCUUUAAUAAUAAAAUUUCAAACUUUGAUGAAAGUUUAAAUUAGAUAAUUUUAAAUAAGCUUACCAAAGGAUUUAAUGAAUUUUGUAAGGAGGCCAUUAAUGAUAUUUGCUUAGUAUGCGAAGAUAAUUAUUAUCUUAAUUCUAUAACAUCCAUUUGUCAAAGUUAAUGCGGAGAUGCUAAAAUUAGUGGAUAUGAAUAAUGUGAUGAUGAAUUACAUAUUAGUAAUAUUAUUUGUAACUAAUGCUAACUCCUUUGUAAUCAAAAUUGUACUUAUUGCUAAUUGGGAAUAUGUUUAUCAUGUGAAGAAGGAUAUUUUUUAAGAUUGAAAACAAAUUUAUGCGAACCUGCAGUAUAAUGCACUGAAAUUGGAUUAUAUCCUGAUUUGAAUAACAAUGUUUGCUUUGAUAUUUGUGGAGACGGCCUGUUAUCAUAAAGUGAAUAAUGUGAAGAUGAUAAUGAUAUUGCUUAUGAUGGAUGUUAUAAAUGUAAAUAUUCAUGUUAUCCUGCUUGCCCAUUAUGUAUUUUAGGUUAAUGUUUUGAUGAUGGUAAUGCUUGUAAAUUAGGUUAUUAUUUUGAUACUUAAAUAGCAUAAUGUUUCAACAUUUGCGGUGAUGGUAUUCUUGCAAUACCUGAUGAAGAAUGCGAUAAUGGAAUGUAAUUAAAUGAUCAAGAUGAUCAAUGUCAAAAUUGUAAGAUUAUCUGUAAUAAGACUUGUUAAAUCUGUGAUAAAAAUAAUUAAUGUAUUUAAUGCAAGAAAAAUUAUGAAAUUUUAAAUGGAAAAUGUUAUCCAAAAGAUUUGAAUCAUAAACUCUGCUAGAUAGAUAAUUGCGAAUAUUGUGAAGAUUCUUAAUGCCUUACUUGUUUGACUGGUUAUAUCUACCAUUCAAAUAAAAAUGAAUGUACACCAGUUUGNGAGGGUUAUGCUAUUAAUGUCAGACUUAUGGUUGGAUUGUUGACAUUGAUACAAAAACUUGUGUAGAAAAUUGUGGUGAUUCUAUUGUUGUUGGAUAAGAAUAAUGUGAUGAUGGAUAAGAUAUUGAUUAAAAUGAUGGAUGUUAUUAGUGUAAGAAUGUAUGUAGAAAUGAUUGUUUAAAAUGCAGUUCUGAUGGUUCAAAAUGUCUAGAAUGUAAAGUAGUGGGAUUUCAACCUGUUAGUUUUUUUUGUAGAAAUAUAUGUAGGGAUGGUUAUUUAGCAAUUGAUCCUUUUAAUAGAAAUUCAGAAGAAUGUGAUGAUUUUAAUUCAAUCAAUUAUGAUGGUUGUAGCAAUGCGUGUAAAUUCUAAUGUUAAACUACUAUCUGCAAGACUUGUGUAAAUAAUAAAUGUCUUGAAUGCAUUGAUAAUUAUUAGUUAGAUCAAAAAAAUAAUAAAUGCAUAGAAAUAUGCAAUGAUAACAUAAUUAUUGGAUAAGAAAAAUGUGAAGAUAUGAAUAGUUUACUUUAUGAUGGAUGUUACAAUUGUUAAUUAUCUUGUCAAGCUAGCUGUUCGAAUUGCACUAUAAAUGGUUGUUUAUCUUGUGUUUAAGGAUAUCAAUUAAUCGGUAUACGAUGUGAAAGUAUUUGUGGAGAUGGAUUAACUGUCCCAGAAGAAGAUUGCGAUGAUGGUAAUUUAGAACCCUUUGAUGGUUGCCAUGCAUGUAAAUAUUCAUGUAAUUCAACUUGUCAGACAUGUUACUUAGGUAUAUGUAUACGGUGUUAACUUGGUUUUAUGAUAUAUUAUGGAUUGUGCUAGAAUGAUCUAUCAUUCUUUAAUAAUAAAAUUUCAAACUUUGAUGAAAGUUUAAAUUAGAUAAUUUUAAAUAAGCUUACCAAAGGAUUUAAUGAAUUUUGUAAGGAGGCCAUUAAUGAUAUUUGCUUAGUAUGCGAAGAUAAUUAUUAUCUUAAUUCUAUAACAUCCAUUUGUCAAAGUUAAUGCGGAGAUGCUAAAAUUAGUGGAUAUGAAUAAUGUGAUGAUGAAUUACAUAUUAGUAAUAUUAUUUGUAACUAAUGCUAACUCCUUUGUAAUCAAAAUUGUACUUAUUGCUAAUUGGGAAUAUGUUUAUCAUGUGAAGAAGGAUAUUUUUUAAGAUUGAAAACAAAUUUAUGCGAACCUGCAGUAUAAUGCACUGAAAUUGGAUUAUAUCCUGAUUUGAAUAACAAUGUUUGCUUUGAUAUUUGUGGAGACGGCCUGUUAUCAUAAAGUGAAUAAUGUGAAGAUGAUAAUGAUAUUGCUUAUGAUGGAUGUUAUAAAUGUAAAUAUUCAUGUUAUCCUGCUUGCCCAUUAUGUAUUUUAGGUUAAUGUUUUGAUGAUGGUAAUGCUUGUAAAUUAGGUUAUUAUUUUGAUACUUAAAUAGCAUAAUGUUUCAACAUUUGCGGUGAUGGUAUUCUUGCAAUACCUGAUGAAGAAUGCGAUAAUGGAAUGUAAUUAAAUGAUCAAGAUGAUCAAUGUCAAAAUUGUAAGAUUAUCUGUAAUAAGACUUGUUAAAUCUGUGAUAAAAAUAAUUAAUGUAUUUAAUGCAAGAAAAAUUAUGAAAUUUUAAAUGGAAAAUGUUAUCCAAAAGAUUUGAAUCAUAAACUCUGCUAGAUAGAUAAUUGCGAAUAUUGUGAAGAUUCUUAAUGCCUUACUUGUUUGACUGGUUAUAUCUACCAUUCAAAUAAAAAUGAAUGUACACCAGUUUGCGGUGAUGGAAUAAUUCUUGGUGAAGAAGUUUGUGAUGAUGGUAACAGCAUUAAUGGAGAUGGUUGUGAUUCAAAUUGUAAACCUUCUCUAAAUAGUUAAUGUGUAAAUAAUCAAUGUGUUUAUAUUUCACACCCUAUGCCAUUAUUGAAAUUUAUAAAAGAGAUAGAUAAUUCUUAAAUUGUAUAUUUGACUUAUGACCAAUAUGUCAAAUUAUAAUACAAUUAUUCAAUUGCAAUUUUUAUUAAGUCCAUUAAUUCAUAAAUAAAUAAUAAAUUAGCAAAUGUAACAUUUUCUGAAAUAAGUUAAAUAGAUUAAGAAUCUUAUAAAUAAUUAUAAAUGGAAAUUUAGAUUUAGUAUGAAGAAAUAGUAACUAAUCCUAUAUUUUCUAUUCACUUUAAUGACCUAAAUAUCAUCAUAAACGAAUUCGAAAUGAUAUCAAAUUAAUAAGAUAUCUCAAUAUAAUUACCAUCUCCAAAUGUUUUAUCCGAAAAACAAAAAUUAAUGACUUAAUCUCUUAUAAAAUUUAGUGGAUACUAAAUUAAAAUAAUAGCAGGUUUAAUUGUAGCAUCAUCUUUAAGUGGAAAAUUUGAAAUCAUUCAAAAUCAAAUUGAUUCUAUUUAAUAACUUUAUUACUUAAAAUAUAUUAAUACUCGAAAAGGACAAAAUUUAAUAUAAUUUUUUGAAACAUUUAGGAUUAUUUAACUCACUAAUUUUUAUGAUUUUUUAGGAUUCAAUCCUUCUAAUGAUUUAUUUUUUGGAUUCUCUUAUUAAAAAUCAGAAGAUAUUUUUGAAGAGGAUGGACGCAACGCAAAUUAUUUUAAUAAUUUCAUUUAAAUCUCAACUGUUUUUCUUUGUGCUUAUUUAGCUCAUUUAGUUAUUAGGACUUUAAUUAAGUAAUCUAUGAAUUAGAUUUAGAAUUUAAACAUUGUUAAUCUUAAUAUGUUGCCAUUAUCGGCGUUAAAAAAAAUUACUAGAUUUUCAAUAAAUAAUGUUAGAAAUAAAUUUAAUGAAUAGUUUAAUGGAUUACUUUAAUCACUCAUUUAUGAAUAUACUAUAUCUUCAUUCUUAUCUUUGAUGUAUUAAGAUUUUAAUUAAGUUGAAGGAAAAUUGAGUCUAAUCGUGAAUGGAGGAAUCAUCUAUCUAUUAUUUUAUUAUUUAUUAUUUUAAUAGCAUUCAAACAAGAAAUAAAAUAUUUAUUUUACUUACUCAUGUUUAUAAAAGUUUAUAUUUGGAACUAUUUUGAUAGUCUGUUUUAAAUCUCCGAUGCUUCAAAUUUAAUUAUGUGCUUUAAAUGACUUUAUUUAUUUUUCCCAUUUAUUUAAAUAAAAGCCUUUAAUUGACAAAUUCGAAUUAUUAAAAAAAUAAUUGACUCAUUUUAUUUUAUUUAUCAUAAAUAUAAUUUAUUUGAUAAAUGAAUUAUAUAAAAAUGAUCCAUUCAGGAUAGUAUAAAUAGGAUGGUUUAUUAUUGCAAUGAUGAGUUCUAUAUUAAGCAUAACAUUGCUGAUUGAUAUCUGCAAAAUAUUCUAACCAUUUGUAUAAACCCUAAUAAAUAGACUAAAAUCAUAGACACCCAUUUUUAAAAAUCAUGAAAUAUUGGAUCAAAUUUAAUAAAGAAAUUAAAUGUGA